GCUGUUUUAUACCUCACUGACACAGGUCUCUGCUCCUGGCAGGUUAUAAUCUAAAAAGAAAUUAACAUGGCAUUUAACAAACACAGGAAUUUGAAAAUGAUCUCCAUUCUUUCUGUGAGUACAACCUUGCUCGUUCUCUUGAAGAACCAUCUAGAACAAAGGACAAAUUGUUCUCAUAAAAAAGAGCCGGUCUUGAAUCACUUACUAAAGCACGAUGUUGGAGAACUACAGGUUUGUUCUGCUAUUAUCCAAGGAGACAUGGACGGAGUGGACAAGGACAUUUUGAGGAAUCUCAUGAACUCGAAAAAAAGAAAAUCCCUGCUAUCAGAGUCAUUCUAUCUCAACGCAACCAAGGACUGUCCAUCUUUCGUCCGAGACAGAGGGUUUCUGACGGUUUCUCUCAGUAAAGAGGAGAGAGAUUUCCCCAUUGCUUACUCCAUGGUGAUCCAUAAGAAGAUUGAGAUGUUUGAAAGGCUCUUAAGAGCCAUUUACACUCCUGACAAUGUGUACUGUGUUCAUGUGGACCAGAGGUCUCCUGAGAUCUUUAAAGAAGCAGUUAGGGCCAUUGUGUCCUGUCUGACCAACGUGUUUGUGGCCAGCAAACUGGAGAAUGUGAUCUACGCUUCGUGGUCUCGAGUUCAAGCGGACAUCAACUGCAUGCAGGAUCUGCUCAAGUCACCCGUCCAGUGGAGGUAUCUGCUCAACACCUGUGGCACUGAUUUCCCCAUUAAAACCAAUGCUGAAAUGGUUCAGACUCUAAAACAACUGAACGGAAAGAACAGUUUGGAGUCUGAGGCAAUAGAGUCUAAAAAGGCGCGCUGGGAGUAUCAUCACAAUGUUACGAACAGAGUGAGUCGGACUAAAGUUAGAAAGUCACCCCCGCCAAUUCAGAGCCCUAUGUUCUCAGGAAAUGCUUACUUUGUGGUUUCAAGAGAGUUUGUGGAUUACAUCUUUAAAAGCAAAGAGACUCAAGAUUUCAUGGAAUGGGAGAAAGACACAUACAGUCCAGAUGAGCACAUGUGGGCUACGUUACAGCGGAUGCCUUCAGUACCGGGAUCAAACCCUGCACACAGAAAGUACGACCAAUCGGACAUGAACGCAAUUGCUCGUCUAGUAAAGUGGCGCUACCAUGAAGGAGAUAUAAAAAGUGGGGCUCCCUACCCACCAUGCACUGGGAAGUACAGACGGGGGGUGUGUAUUUAUGGAGCUGGGGACUUGAAAUGGAUUGUGAUACAACAUCAUCUUUUGGCAAACAAGUUUGAUCCAAAAGUAGAUGAUGUGGCGAUCAAAUGUAUGGAGGCAUUUUUAAGGUACAAAGCUAUUUAUGGUCGAUCUUUACUAACAGUUGAAAAAUCAGACAUAAUUUUAUGAUGGCAGUAGUGAUGUGUUCAAAAACUGUCCAUCCAUUGUUCAAAAUAUUGUCAGUAUAAUUUAUUAUUUAUUUAAUUAAUUGGAUAGAAAUGAUGUAAGAAAACAUCAUGAACGUUUACUUUUUUGUUUUUCAACUUUUUAAGUUCUUGGCAGGAUACAAAUUGAUCUAUACUACUACCACUAAUGUAUUAUAUAUAUAUUUUUAUAUUAUAUAAAAUUGUCCAAAUUUGUGUGUGUAUAAAACACAUCAUUUACAGAUGUAAAAGCUUGUGCAAAAAAAAAUUAGUUAACAUCUAUGGGUUGAACCUAUAACAUUAUAAAGUCAGCAAUGUGCAAUAUUAAGGACAAGCAAAUACAAUUUCCCCAGUUUUUUGUUUUGUUGUUGUUCUAAAGGAGCAGUACAUGAAAUUAAAAAAAAAUUAUGUACUGUUCUCUGUGAGGGAAAUACUAACGCAAUAUUGAAUAACUGUUGCCGUGUUGUAUUUUCACGAUGACAACGUGAUUUUUGUGUGGGUUUACUUGCAAGAACUCCACCCUCCCAAACCAUUAAUGAAGGUGAAUUGGAA